UUCAUUUUCGCGUUAUAACCCCAGUAAAUUUCUGGAAAAUGAGAAGUGAAAUAAAAAAAAUGGGCACGAGGGUCGAAAGUGAGAGUGAGAGAAUCUCCGCCGCCGUAAGAAGCCCUAGCCAGCGCUUCCGUUCAAACGAGGGUUCAGAUUUCAUCAGCUCACUACCUGACGCGAUACUCCACCACAUCCUCUCCAACAUUCCGACCGAAGACGCAAUCAGAACGUCGGUCUUGUCCAAACGAUGGAAGCAUGCAUGGCGCGAAACCCCUUGUCUCUCCUUCCAUUGCCACACAUCGAACCACCCUGAUUCCAUAAGCAAAACCCUAGCCACCUUCACGGCUCCCAAAAUCACGAGUUUCCAUGUUGAUGUUACCUUCAACAACUUUUCUCUAACUCCAUCCCAUGUUCAUAGCUGGAUCGAGCUCGCUGCUUCACGUAACGCUGAGAUCAUGUCUAUCAUCAUCAUAAUCGUCUCCGAUGACAACGUGCUUCCGGAUUUCUUCUUUACCAAUUCCUCCGUAAAGCAGCUCAGGUUAGCUUUGGGUCGUCGAGGCAACUAUAAUUAUUGCGACGUGGUUCCUAAAUGUACUGUCCUUUGGACAUCGUUAAGGAGCUUGUCUCUGGAAUGUUGCGGUCUGCCCGAUGAGUCCCUAGCUAAUAUUCUCUCUGGUUGUCCAAUGCUUGAAAGCCUUGUAUUGAUUUUCUGUCAACAUAUUCAUCAUAUUGAUCUCAGCAAGUCAAUGAAGUUGACAAGGUUGGAGAUUACUGGCCACUACUACGGACCAGCCAAGAUUGUAGCGCCACACAUCCGUUUUUUGAAAUUGAUAGGGUCUCUUGACCCAUGUGUAUUAGUGGAUGUCUCCUCUUUAACUGAUGCUAGAUUCAGCCUAAGCUAUGUCAGAAGAAGAACAACGGGGGAGGAUGAUUUUCAUCAAGACAAGUUGCUGAAGAUGCUAGAACAGUUGCAACACGUAGAGAAUCUUACUAUUGGACGAAUCGUACUUCAGGCUCUAUCUGUUGCCGAGCUUCGUGGUCUUCCUUUUCCGCAACUCCAGGCUAAAUCUUUGACUGUUGUAAUGAUGGUUGUUCGAUCUGUUAUUCCUGCCUUAGCAAGGCUGCUCCAAAACUCCCCUGGAUUACAGAAGAUAACAGUUACCACAGUCUGUUAUAAAGGCAUACAGGAUCAGGAGCUUGACAGACACUUACGUACGCAAGGCUUGAAUCCUGAUCGAUGCUGGAGAUUGAAAUACGGGGACUUUCCAACGACAGAGCAGACCUAUUCAUCAUCGUCCUCUGGUGUUGUUUCUAAGCUAGCAAAGUCAAAAGAUGUGGUUUCAUUCAUAAAACUUGUGCUGCAAAACUCAAAGGCAGUAGAGACGAUGGUUUUACGGUUGGAUGGUUACCUUGAUGCAACAGAGUACCAAAAGCUGCUUCGAAUGGUUCCAACAUUUACUCGCAACAAAAAUGUCAGAACUCGUGGUCAAGCGAAGCGGCUCUUCAACGUUUUAAAGAUUACUCCUUGAACCGUAAAGAUCUAUGUGUAUAAAUAUCUGCAUUAACUAAGAUCGCCAAGAUUGUCCGUAUUACAAACGCUCAUGACUUCUCGUUCUCUUAUUGUUAUCUGUGAGUUGCUGAUUUGUGUUAUAAUAAAGCUAGUUGCAUA